GGCCUUUAACGUUUGGAGUCUUGGGAUGCUGGAGUCUUGGUUUUAAACUAGGGGAGGUAUAGUGGGCUUGGCUCUCUGUUUUCAAGACACUCAGGAUCUGUCUUUGUCUGGGUGGAAAGAUCAUGCCCCCCAAACCCGCCCCACCUGCUGCAGGAGGUCCGCCUGCUUCAAAAGGCGCGGCUGCUGCAGGAGGCCCGCCGGCUGCAGGCGCCCCUGAGAAGCCGCCAGAGGAAACACAGACACCUGAAGAACUGGCAUUUUAUGCCCCGAAUUACUUAUGUUUGACCAUCCUGGCCGUAAUUUUGUUCCCUCCCCUGGGAUUAAUAGCUAUAUUCUUCAGUUACAAGACUUCGCAGGCCAACAAGAACAGUGAAUGGGAAGAUGCUUACCUCAACUCAGGCCGAACUGGCUGGCUGGAUGUAUUUGCCAUACUCAUUGGUUUAGGCAUCAUUUAUGCCUAUACCCUAUUUAUGUGAAAAGGCCAGGCCAAGUAGUCCAUGAGUCCACCUCAAAUAGGACUUACCCACCAAGGCCCUAACCAACCAAAUCAGCCACCAUGCAAGAAACCAACAGCCAAGACAUCUUCUAGCCAGAAAACCUAUUGGCCAAGGAACUCAACAUCCAAGCAACCCACUAGCCCAGUGACAUCAUACUACUUCAUCCUUUUCGCUGCUGGAGCCAUCUUCAUCCACCUUGAGGGUCCUCACUUUCAUGCCCUAGAUGUGCUUAGCUCCAUGAUACUUGGAUGCUCUUCCAGAAAAAAAAAAUUAUUUAAACCAAUAAAAAAUGAAGGGAAUGUUCCAGCUUC